AGAGUGGCCGAAGAGAGUGCAGUGUGUGUUGGGCAGCGGGCGGGAGUACACGGAGGAAGGAGUGGCGGUGUGAAAAAAACUGAAUCCGAAAAUUGAAUCAUCGAAGCAGAAAGGGAACCGAAAGAAAGGCAGAACAAGAAAUAAAGAAAAUAAAGAAUAAAGACAAAAUUCCGAUGAUAAAUAAAUAGAAGGAAGAAGAAAUGAAUGUUAAAUGAGAUUACGAAUAAGAUAAGUCGAUAAACAAGAGGAAUAAUAAAGAGGAAAAGGAAGAAUAGGAGAUAAAUGAGAGAAAUUACAAAUAAUAUAAUAGAUAAGUUAUAAUUUGACAAUUUUAACACACACACACACACACACACAAUCCUACAAUUCUCGGUAAUCCUACAAAACAUCCUUCAGACCUUCACCCAGUAUCCUAAACCACCCGUGCCUUAUCCUUCAAUAACCUCAAGAAUGAAGCAGAGUCCUUAACAUCCUGAGGGGCAUCCUGUGGGUAUCCUACGAGUAUCCUGCACGAGCAAAGUCACAGCCACAGGUCCUACGGAGGUUGCAACACCAUCCUAUACAAGGUCACCGCUGCCUCCUGUCACCCCCCAUCGGCUCCCCCAUCCCGGUAUCCUUCAGUGUUUAAUAUCCUUCACCAAGAGUCCAGAGAGGCAGUCCCGUCCCACCCUCCGCGCUGGACGGAUCCUCCCUUCUGCAUCCUGUUCUCCUGCUGUACUGAAGCCGUAGGAUAGCACAAGUAGGUUCCUUCACUCCUUCAGGACAAAAACUGUGAGUUCCUUUGAUCCUUCAGGACAUUAUUGUUGGAAUCCUUCACUCCUUCACGACCAAAUCCUCUGAGUUCCUUCAGUCCUUCAAGACAAAUAGCAGCGACUUUCUUCAAUCCUUCAGGACAUUACACGUGGGGUCCUUCACUCCUUCAAGACAAGACUGUUAAAAUCCUUCACUCCUGCUGGUUAUCCUACAGGCAGGGCACUCCUUCCCUGUGACGUGUCGGGGUGUGGCAGUGCAGUCCUUCACUCCUUCAACACAACAAGGAGUCCUGCAGGGAGGAAAUCUCUACACUGCAGGACUUCAUUGAUCCUACGCGUCACUCCCACUUGACUGCUGGGCACGCCACUUAACUAAAGGAUACUUAAGUGCAAUCCUACACGAGAAGUCCUUUGGGGAGUCGCAAAACUACUACUACUACUUAUACUACUACUACUUCUACUGCUACUACUACUACUACUACUACUACUAUUACUGCUACUACAAAGUAAAAACAAACAAAACAAAAACCAAAAACAAGACAGUGAAGGCUGAAACAAAGCAAACGAAAAGGAUACCACAGCGGAAGGCAUCUCCCCACCAACCAAACCAAGAACAGAAUCCAAAAAAAAGGCAAAACAAAAACAAAGAAGGUUCCUCGUAGCAAACCCGCCUUACGGAACCCCGGUGCGAAAAAAAAAACAGUCAAGUAAAGGAUACAACAGGAGAAGACUUUCCCACCAUGGAGAAGGAGAAGGGACGGCGAAUUAGCGUGAGGAGCAUCAAAAAGGAGGCGGCGAAGAUGACACAGAGCUCCUGGUGGCGAUGUGGAAUGAGCAAAGGAACAUUCAGUGGAGUCAAGGUCACUGUCUUCUGGGUGACCUACGUCCUUCUCGGGUCACUCGCCUUCCAGUACAUUGAGGAGACCACGACGAUGACCACCGUGUCAACUACGAAGGAUCACCACCACUGGGCCAGGUUUAAAGAGUUGAUAGGUGGACACAAUGUGGUGGAGGAGCUGCUGGAACUACGAGAAAACUUAAUGGAGCUUUGCAAUGACACAACCAUUAACAAAACUUUUGAGUUGCUGUCUGAUGUAGCGGCCAGAAAGGUGGUGAUGGAACACAAUGCCACGCUCAUGAAGCCUGUGGAGUUGGAGCAUGUGGAGACGUCAUGUGGGUCCGCCCUUCACAUAGUGGAACACCUGACGGAGUGGAAGAAGGUGGACUUCGUGGAUGCCAUCUACUACACCAUGACGGCUGUGACUACUAUUGGAUACGGGCACAUUUACCCCACCACGCCCCCCGGUAGGAUCUUCUGCGUGCUGUACUGCCUGGUGGGCGUGCCUCUCACCUGUAUCCUGCUGGCCAAGUCCACUGACCUCCUCUCCUCGCGUAUGGAACGUGUUUACCUCACUGCCAAGAAGCGACACCGCGGCACUGGACACUCCCUCCUGUACUGGGUGACCACAAUAUACCUCUGUGGGUUCCUUGUGUUCAUGCUGCUCCCCUCACUUGCCCUCACCAAACUAGAGGGGUGGACACUGGAGGAAGCGCUCUACCUCACCUUCAUCACCCUCACCACCAUUGGAUUCGGCGACUUUUACCCAGGCUACAAGGACGACAAACCGUACAAUGAAUACCUCCGGCUGUACAAGAUGGGCAUCAUUACCUGGAUCAUGGUGGCACUCGGUUACUGGUUCCUGCUUCUCAAUUUCCUGCAGAAGGUCUUGCGGAAACACGUGCCUAGGAAACUGAAGAAGUCGCUGAAGAAAACCAGGAAAUUUAAGAAGCAGUCUGAGUUUUUCCGGCAGUUAGUAAGCAAGGCAUUUGGCCGUACCACCACCACCACACCCCCCCAUCAGGCCUUCACCAAUGCAAUCCCCUACAACAAGGUGGUGUCGCAGGGCGUGCAGCAGGAGGUGGCCAGCAAGGGCGGCGCGGGCGGUGACGAGGACAGUGGGGUGGUAGCGCUGGUGGUGGAGGUGGCAGACGCCCUCACCAGUGACGAGACCAGGCGCCCCUCAAUCCACGUGGCGGCAAAUGGAGGUCGGCGGGAGAGCAGAGUGGCACCCAUCACCCUAACACAGCUGCUGGACGUGAGGGUGGCAGUGAGGGGAGAAGCAAUCCCCUCCAUCAGAUCCUUCAUGGCUACCUCCCCUCACCCCUCGUCCAGCGCCCUGCAGGACCUCUUAACCCAGGAGGAAGUGAAGAAACCUGAAGUCACAUUACCACUGAGGGAAGUCCUUGCGCUGGUCAGCCUAAUCAAGUCCGUGGAGGAUCAGGUAGGAGGAGGGGCACUGGAGGGGGUCCUACAGGGAGUCCUAGAGGAUGGAAUGACCUCCUCUACCCCCUCCUCCCCCUCCUCCCCUCUCUCCACCGUGACAUCCUGCGACCAGCCUGAUUACCUGCCUCUCAUUAGGGCAAGGAAGGACGACAUUGAGGAGGAGGAGGAUGAUGAGGAAGAGGAAGACGAUGAAGAGGAUGAGGAAGAGGAGGAGGUGAAGAGAAGUGAUGUGGAGAAAGGAAAGAGAGGAGGAAUGUUUAGUUAAAGUGGAG